CCUAAACAGCUCAGCACAGAGUUGUACUUCAGUUCCUCAGUUCUACAUUUUUCUGUCUCUACAGAGACAGAACCACAGCUCUUGGAACUUUUAUCUUUUCUGUUUUUCGAAUGUUAAGCAUUGCUGGUAGAGUUGAGGCAACUUUUUUUCUGACCAUGUGUAUCUCUUGGAUAGCAUUAACAAGUGAAGGAUGUCAUAAAUUAGAUAUCUCUUCAUCGUAGAGGGAGAAGAUGGAAACAUCCUUGAUAUUCUUUUCUCACUUAAAUAUGUGCGAAUCAAAAGAAAAAACUUUUUUUAAGUUAAUACACGGUGCAGCAAAAGAAGAAACAAGCAAAGAAGCCAAAAUCAGAGCUAAGGAAAAAAGAAACCGGCUAAGUCUCCUUUUGCAGAAACCUGAGUUUCAUGAAGAGACCCAUUCCAGUAGAUCUGGGCACUUCACCAAAGAAACAAGAGUCUCCCCUGAAGAAGCAGUAAUAUGGGCUGAAUCAUUUGACAAACUGCUCUCCCAUAAAGAUGGACUGGAGACUUUUACCAGAUUUCUUAAAACUGAAUUCAGUGAGGAAAACAUUGAAUUUUGGAAAGCCUGCGAAGACUUCAAGAAAAGCAGAGACCCUCAGCAAAUUAUCCUUAAAGCAAAAGCAAUAUAUGAAAAAUUUAUCCAGAGUGACGCUCCACAAGAGGUAAACCUUGAUUUCCACACCAAAGAACUUAUUACUAAGAGCAUCACCCAACCCACCCUCCACAGUUUCGAUGCUGCACAAAGCCGAGUGUAUCAGCUGAUGGAACAAGACAGUUACACACGUUUCCUGAAAUCUGACAUCUACUUAAACUUGAUAGAAGGAAGACCUCAGAAGCCAACCAAUCUUAGAAGACGGUCCCGCUCGUUUACCUACAACGAAUUCCAGGAUGUGACGUCAGAUGUCUCCAUCUGGUUAUAAAGACAACUAAGUUGCUCGUUUUGGUGGCAAGCUUGUACAUCUGCUUCUUAGACAUAGCACGUGUCUGUUAACAAAUGGGCUCAUCUUUUAAAAUGAAAUGCAUCAUGGGAAAGGACUUGAAGAAGGCAAAUCAAAAUGUUUAUUCUAACAAUACUGUGUCUGUCAACAUGUUCUGUUAAAACUUUCCAUUUGACUUCAUUCCAUUCAGGAUGAGAAAAAUGUAUUGCUUAAUUAAAUGGCAGUAGAGAAGCAAUAACAACGCUUUCUAAGAUUGUCAAGUUAAGGUUAAGCUUUUUCAACAGUGGUGACAGUUUAACCAAAUAUCUAGUUUGGAUUCUUUUUUUCUAGACGCAAACACUGUAAGGCUCAGACAGAAAUUCAACGACAUUUUCCGUAAUGAUGAAGAUUCCAUCCCUGUACAGAAUAUGUGGAAGUGAUCCGGCUCUUACGGUGGGAGAGGACUGUCAUUUGUUCUUGGGCCACUAACCCUAGCUCAAGGAGAGCAGUAUGUCUUCUAGUGAUAAGCCAGCAUCGGGAACUUUAGGGAGAACACGUCCAUCUCUACAGAAAGUCCAGGUGAAACACAACCAGCCUAGCUUGAUAACCGAGAAGGAUGCACAUUUCUGUUCACUCCUGAGUGAGCGUGGACUGACCCAGGUGUAUGGAGCACGCGUCCACUGGUCCCAGAAGCAUGACCAGAUGACGCAUAGCUCCAGGGCCAGACUGAGUGGACCGUUUUCUCACCUGUGAAGAGAGCCUGCUCCUAAAAUGGCGGGCAGUCAGUCACUGGAAUGAUGACCAGAGGAGGUUUAGUCCAAGAGUACACAUUUUUCAUUUUGGGGUCUUUAAGAAUUGGGGUAGAAAUUAGAAAUGAGUGAAUGUUUUUUUGGUAUUUGCUACAUUCAGAAAGUGUUCCCCCAUCAAUCAUGUGCUUAUCCCAAAUCUCACUGAACCGUUUAAUACAUAUUAUUCAAAUAAGAUUAUGCUAAUAAGUAUAUGUGUCUCUACUUUACAGAAAUAUUUAACUUUAGAUGUGUAUUGCCUGGUCUAUAAAUGUCUAUAUUUAAAGGUGCCAUACAUUUGGCUUUGGGAAAUUAUAUUUUAAUUGAAAUGUAAACUAUGAAAACUAUAGCUCACCUAUACUAAUAAAUAUUUUAAUUUUCUUCA